AUGGAAGAGCCGGUUAAAAAGAAGCCCAAAGUAAAUGGUGGAGAUGAUAGUGAUGACAGUGAAGAGGGCGGAGAAAAUGAUUUGCAAUCACUUCAAAAAAAUUUACUCGAAAAUUGUUUAUGUGGUGUUCCUCAAACCACCUUGUACAAAGCAUUUCAAGAUCAAAGUAGUAAUAGUUCUAAUGACCAACAUCCAAAUAUUAAUUUGUCACAGUGGGACAUUGACAGGAUUCUUAAAUUUCUCACAUGCAUUCAUGUUUUAUGUGAAGUGUCAAUAAAGCAAAAUUUGGAAGGAUCGACAUGUUCAAGAAUUAACGAUGUGUGUGAAGCUUUAAUUAAAAACGAACACGGUGUUAUCGAUGAAAUAUUGGAUUGCCUAAUGCACAACAAUCAGUUUGUUUGUUAUACAGCUUGUAAAGCUUUAAGCAGUUUUUUUAUCAUUUGUAAAGCCAACUUGCAUUCAAAAUGGCUUGAAAGAAUAGCGGAUAAUGCUUUAACAACUCAAAUACCUAGAAAAAUGUCAAAUUCGUUGGAUGUCGUAAAGAGGGUGAUCGAAUGGAAGGAUAAUAACACUCAUCCUUUGGAAGAUAGAGGAAGUGGAUCGCAAAAUUUAUUGCAUCCCCUGUGCAAUGCCACUAGUCUCAUGGAUACAGAAAGCCCAGAUAGUUCUGAGGUCAAAUGUAUCUGCAUAAAAGUAUUAGAAGUUAAAUGGCCGGAUUUGGUAAAAAAAGUAGACGACAUGAUAUCAACGUACACAUCGGAAAAUGAAUGCGCAAUCGUUACCUUUCUCGGACUUUGGGAGUCCAUAAUUUCGGUCAAAGCGAAUUUGUCCGUCAUCGACACGAAACCCUUUUAUUCGAACCUAUACAGUUUUAUUGUGGUUUUGAAUUCGUCGGUGCCUUCGACCGUUUGGAAACAUUUAUUGAAUCUCUUCAACGAAGUUCUCUGCUACGGUAGCACUUUGGCUUUGCAAGAAUGCUUGGCGGAAGAACCGUGCGCACUCGCUCAUCACGUCAUGAGAAGCGUAAAAGACUGGCGUUUGUUAGACCUUCUUCCUUUUCGUAACGGAAGCGGAAGGUUCGGAGGAGGACGAGGAGAUGGUGACAGGCCUCUGUUGCAAAAAAUGGCAUUGCUCGUACUCAAAAGCGUUGCCGUGACCGUGAAAGAAACGAGAUACGAAUCAUCGAGCGAUUCCUCCGUCGGAUCCGAAGCAGAUGACGUCGAUGCAGACAUGGCCGUGAUAGAGCGAAGCAUUCGCGAGGUUCUGAGGCAGUUGGACAAUUGCGUAAAGCAACUCCUUCCUUUUCAUCCCGAAACUCCUCUCGCGCAGUGGGUGGUACAAUUAUUCGCGGAUCAAGAUGACUCUCUCAUCGAAGCCAUGGUUUGUUGCCUGGACGUCAGAGUCGGUUUAUACUACAGUCCGACGAUGACUCCUAACCUGUCACUGAGUCCCACCAAUACUCUGAUCGCUUUUCUUCACGUCGUCAGUCACGAUCCGGACGUACUGUUAGAUUUACUAGUUUCGAACGAAACGUGCUUCCUCUUGUAUUUGCUCCGGAUAUUAAAAUUCAUGCGACGAAAUUGGUCGGAAUUUGUAAGUUGUUGCGGUCACGAAUUGGACGACACCAUGUCCGUGUUCAUAAGACUCAGGAUAGCCAUCGACAGACUCGUUCAACGUGCCUUAUUCCCGUAUAACAUAAAUCCCGUAUUGAGACUCCUUGAAAAAUGCGAAGAGCUUUACGAGGGUGGAAAUUGUUAUUAA